CUUGCGCGCGGGCGCGAGGCGGCGGCGGCGGCGGCCGCCGCUGCGGCCUCGCGCGCAGAGGCCGUCGAGGCCGCCGCCCAGGCCGCGCGCGCUGAGCUGGACUCCGUCAAGGAGGCGGCCGCAGCCGCGGCGCGCGAGGCGGCGAGCGGGGCGGGGGCCGAGCUUGAGGCAGCCCAGGGGGAGCUUGCGGCGCUGCAGGAGCGCCUCGCCGCCGUGGAGGGGGACGCGAAGGGGCGGGAGGGCGAGGUUUCGGAUCUGCAGGCCCGCCUGGCGGCGGCCGCGGGCGACCUCGAGGUGGCACGCGAGGCGGCUGCGGCGUCCAAGGCGGCCGGCGACGCGGCCGUCGCGGAGGCGGCAGCCCUCGAGGAGAAGCUCGCGGUGGCCGAGGCGGCGUCACAGGCGGCCGCUGAGGCCGCCGCCGAGGCCGCCGCGGCUGAGGCAGCCUCGCUGAAGCAGCAGCUGGCCGAGGCCGUGGCGUCCGCCACCGCCGCUGCUGCGGUGGCGGCCGCGGACGCGGGGAUCGCCAAGGAGCAGCUCGCCGCGGCCGAGGCGGCGUCCAAGGCGGCCGCCGAGGCCUCGGCGGCCGACGCGGCGGCGCUCAGGCAGCAGCUCGCCGCCGCCAAGGCCGCGGCGGCGUCGUCGGCGGCGGAGGUCGCGGCGGCCAAGGAGCAGCUGGCCGCUGCCGCGGCCGCCGCCGGCGCGGCCGGGGACGCCGCCGCCGCUGAGCUGGCGGCCCUCAAGGUACGCCUGGACGAGGCGCUCGGCCGCGCGCAGGCGUCGGAGGCGGAGCGCGACGCGCUGCAGGCAGAGCUGCGCGACGCGCGCGCGGCGCAGGCGGCCCAGCCGGGCCCCGAGGUGGAUGAGUUGAAGGAUCGGCUCGAGGCCGCCGAGGCGCGCGGCGAGGCGGCGGCCGCGGUGCUCAACGCGGUGCAGGCAGAGAAGGAUGAGCUGGCGGCGCACGCGGGCCAGCUGCGCAAGGCGCUGACUGCGGCGGAGGCACGGGUGGAGGAGGCGCGGGCGGCGGCGGAGCGGGACGCGGCGAAGGCUGCGGAGACCGUCAAGCGGCUGGAGGACGAGGCGGAGGGCAGCCUGCAGCAGUGCCUGCUGCUGCAGGCGGAGACCGCCAAGCUGAAGGCCUCGCUGGCUGCGCUGGAGACGGAGACAUGCCACAGGCGCGGGGCGGCGCGCUGCUUCGGGAGUCUGCAGGAGGGUGUGCUGGACCUGGUGGCGAGCGAGCUGGCGGAGCUGUCAGACGCGGGCGCCGUGCUGGCGUCCCUGCAGGCCAACCUGCCGCCGGCGGCGCCGGGCAACCCCUCCACCAGCAACCCCGGCGGCCUGCCGGCGGCGGCCGCGGCCGCGCGCGAGCAGGCGGCUUGA